AAUCGUCCCCGUUCACCACCCACGCUCUUUUCUUCUCACCUCUAUUCUUUCAGGGACUUACUCUAUUUUUUUUAUUAUUUUGAUUCCCUGGGUUAGAGUUCAAAAUGGAUUAUGAAAUGGACAUCGAGCCCACGGGGCCUCAAGUCACAGUACGAGAGGCCGAACCAUACCGCGUCGAUUUCAAACUCAGCUCCGUCGACCUCGCCUUCGCCAACUCCCUCCGCCGAGUAAUGCUCGCCGAAAUCCCAACCAUCGCCAUCGACCUCGUCGAAGUAGAAAAAAACACCUCCGUCCUUCCCGACGAAUUCCUCGCCCACCGCAUCGGCCUCGUCCCCCUAAACUCGAAAAACUGCGACCAGGAUGUCGAGUACACGCGCGACUGCGAAUGCGAGGACCACUGCGCGCGCUGCAGCGUCACGCUCUCGCUGCACGCGCGCUGCUCCGGCGACGAGAUCAUGGUUGUGUAUGCGCGGGACUUGGUGGUUAGCGGUGAGCGGGCGAACGAGUGGGUGGGGAAUCCGGUGAUUAAUGAUCCCGAGGGGAAGGGGCCGUUGAUUUGUAAAUUGCGGAAGGGGCAGGAGGUUAAGAUGACGCUUAUUGCGAAGAAGGGGAUUGCGAAGGAGCAUGCGAAGUGGAUGCCUACGGCCGCGAUUGGGUUUGAGUAUGAUCCGCAUAAUAACUUGAGGCAUGUGGAUUAUUGGUAUGAGGAGGAUCCUGCGAAGGAAUGGCCCGUCUCUCAUAACGCCGGAUGGGAACAUGCCGCACCCCCAGACCAACCCUUCGACUACGACGCCCAGCCGAACAACUUCUACGUCGACAUCGAAAGCAUCGGUAACCUCGAACCAGACAUGGUCGUCCAGCAAGGAAUCGUCGUCCUCCAGCGCAAACUCGCUUCCGUCAUCUCCGCCCUCUCCGGCGCCGGUGACAUCGACCGCAACGGCGGCAUGGGCGGUGAAGACGAGGACAUGAUGGGCGUUCGGAGUCCGGACGCCUACGAACCCCCGGAGGGUAUCGACGGUGGUUUCACGGCUUACGCCAACGGCGGCGCCAGUGCUUGGGGUGCCAGCGCAGCAACCCCGUACGGAGCUACGCCGUAUGGCGGUGGCUAUGGAUUCUAAUCAACGCUCCUCUUUUCCUUUUUCCUCCUUUCUCCUCAUUACUCUAUUUCGGCUUCGACGGGACUGGCUAUUUGGGCAAAAAGAAAAGCGAAGAGAAAAUUUAUACAUCGAGCAUCUGGAUCGGAGUUUGUCUUUGGGAUUGUGAGCUGUAUAGCAACAUCUAGCUGUGUUUAUGUGGUUCAGCGGCGCUAUUUGGGUGUUUUGCUACCGAUAUUUUUUUUUUGUUUAUAUUGAAUAUCUAAUGCAGGCUUUUUGGCAUGAUUCAUCGAAUUUGUUGGUGUAAAUGACUCUAGAUAUUUUCUAAAUUGUUUCGAAUUGGCCAGCAAAUGAGAGGAACACAGUCGCAGAAGCAAGUGGUAACCCUGCCCCCCUAAUGCCCUUGGAGAUGGUGUAUACC